AAAAAAUAAAAAAAAAAAACAAAAACAAAAGAAAAAACUUAAAACUUAAACAGAAAAUUGGAAAGAGAAAAAUAGUUACUUACAAGCCUUAAAUCGCUUUGAUUAACUUGACGUAGCAGUCAUAGUUGUUGUUCCAGUGACCACUGACAGCAUAUAUUAAACAUUUUGUUUUCUUUCGUUGUUAUCUAUCGACUGACUUGAAAACCACUCACAACAAACAGGUUCGUGUAACAUAUCGAGUCGACCCGUGGCAGCACCAACCAUACCUUUGCUUUUGGUAAUAGUAGUAAUCUAACUGCUGCAACCAUUAGAGAGCCCGUUUUUGUGUGUGCGUGCUUUUCACUGUGCCUGUAUUUGUGUGUUGUUUGAAAACAAACAAAAACAAAAAAAAAAAAAUAAAAAAAAACAAAAAAAAACAAAGAAAACAAAAAAGAAAAAGCGGGCUUCAGACUUCAACAGAAGACGAAGAAGACGACGAAAAAGGAGAAGCAACAGAAGAAGCAGAAGAAAUAUAGAUAAAUUGAAUUUAUCAACAACAAAUGUUUUCAAUGGUUGAUUAUUACGCAGAUAUGGGACAAAUCGGUCAAGAAUGUUCCGUUCACGAGUACAAUAUGGCUGAUCUUGAAUUAGAUCAAGUGACUAAAGUAAUCGGUUAUCAUCCCCGAUUUCUGGAUCAUUUUCUACGUACACAAAAUUUUAUUAUGAAAGGCGAUGGUCCACUGCCUUACGACUAUCGUUAUUAUUUGGCCAUAAUUGCCGCUGCCCGCCAUCAAUGCCCGUAUUUGGUGAAAAUGUAUGAGAAAGAAUUUCUUAAUCAAGGCGGCAAUCCGGAAUGGUUAAACGGUCUAGAUUAUAUACCUUCCAAGUUACGUGCCAUAUACGAGAUAAAUAAAAUUUUAGCACAUCGGCCCUGGCUGUUGCGUAAAGAACACAUUGAGAGUCUGACUAGGAAUAAAAACAGCUGGUCCUUAUCGGAAGUGGUGCACGCUAUGGUUUUAUUAUCGCAUUUUCAUUCGCUAUCAUCGUUCGUAUUCUCCUGCGGUUUAACACAGAAACUUGAUGGCCUAUCUAGUCCUAAAUUUAAAACGACGCAAAUAUCGACCGCAACGGUUAAUGUUGGGGGCGUUACAACAACAAUACCAUAUCAACCACCGCAACCACCAGUACAAAUUCAACCAACUGUUCAACCACAAAAGACUGUUUUAAGCGAAAUAAUUCUAAACAGCAAUGCUGCAGUCAUUGCCGGUGAAUUUACCGGUAGCGGCCUGACUACAAAUGUUAGUGUCAAUAAUGUUGUCGGAGCCGGCUCAUCGACCGCUCUAAAUGGUGUAAACAAUAAGAAGAAUGCACUGCCUAGUGCUACUGUCGAGGUGUUGAUGGAACGUAUGAAAGUUUUAUCGCAGAAACAAGACGAGUGCACUGAAGCUGAACUGAGUAAUCGCUUUAAAAGUGUUGAAAUGCAAACUGCCGAACUGUCAACGACCGCACCUCAGACUCCUGUUGAAGUGCCACCGGUUAUAUCUCAUUAUGUAGAAGAUCCAAAUUUUACGUAUCAAGAUUUCGCUAGACGUGGUGCCGAAAAUAUACCAAAUACAUUUCGCAUACAAGACUAUUCAUGGGACGAUCAUGGCUAUUCACUAGUUAAUGGCUUAUAUGAAGAUGUUGGAACUUUAUUGGAUCAGAAAUUUCGCUGCGCUUACAGUUUAACUUAUUUCACUAUGGGUGGUGUAAAGAAUGUUGAUACUUCAAAGUUCCGUCGUGCCAUUUGGAAUUAUAUACAAUGCAUCUACGGUAUACGACAUGAUGAUUAUGACUACGGUGAAGUUAAUCAGCUUUUAGAUCGUCCUUUAAAAAUGUUUAUUAAAACCGCCUGUUGUUUUCCGGAUCGAAUUACUACAAAGGACUACGACAGUAUACUCGUUGAGUUACUGGAUAGUGAAAAGGUUCAUGUUAAUCUUAUGGUAAUGGAGGCUCGCAAUCAGGCCGAAUUGCUGUAUGCAUUACGUGAAAUAAUGCGCUACAUGACAUGAUCUCAAUGAAAUUAAAUUAUGAACAAAAAAAAAAAAAAAAAAAAA